GGUAUGAAGGAUCAUUUAGAGACCUGUUGUGGCAGCCCUGCCUAUGCAGCUCCUGAGUUGGUUUCUGGCAAAGAAUACAUUGGCUCCGAGGCUGAUAUAUGGAGCAUGGGAGUGUUACUAUAUGCAUUACUCUGUGGCUUUCUUCCUUUUGAUGACGAUAACGUGUCCCUCCUCUAUCGCAAAAUACUUUCUGGUGUGUAUGAAGAACCUCCGUGGCUUUCAGACGAAACCAAAGAUCUUCUCAAACAUAUGCUUCAGGUGAACCCCACAAAGAGGAUCAAAAUGAAAGAGCUCAUUGUCCACCCUUGGGUCGUGAAAGCAUUCGGUACACCCGUAGAUUGGGAGAGUAAAUGUGAGAAAAGUCAGCUAAAUGUGGACUGCGUCACAGAAAUGGCAAUGCACUAUGGGAAGUCGAAGAAGGACAUAAUGUCAACGUUAAAACAGUGGAAAUAUGAUCACAUGACAGCCACGUAUUUUAUCCUACUAGCCGCCAAGUAUCGAGGUAGAACGGUCAGACUACCGAUGGCGCAUAGACCACUUACAGAAAAGAAUCAAACCGACAGUGCAAUGAGAUUCCAUCAUCACCAUCAACAUCACCAUCCGCAAAAUUACCAUGACAACCUGGAACCGCCCACCAGCUCGCCCUACAUGUUCAGUUCAAUGGAAGAUGGCUUGGAAGACGAGGAAUCCUACAUCAUCUCGUCUCCGCACCGACGGACCGCAUCCGAGAGGCGCCACUCCGGGGAUCACAGAAGGCCACGCAGCUCUCAAAAUCCGCGAGAAAGACCGGUCAGUACGCAUUUAGAAGGGACUUACGUCAAGCCGGGCGGAGAGGACACGUACAUGGUGUCGACACCGCUGGUGUCGGGGAAAGAGAAUCAUAGAGACGAUGACGGAUUCGUGAAACCCACUGGUUUGCCGUUAAAGACUCCUGUAAGGAAACGGAGUAAAAGCGACGCCAAGGAGAAGACGUUGCAGAAGACGAGAGCGGCGGCCGUGAAACAACCGGUCGUUCCAACAUUAUCGCUUCCUCCUAUAGUAACGCCUUCAAGAUCCAUGGAUGGUGAUCUUAAUAGACUUACCAUCAACACUCCACAUAACAAUGGUGCCUUAGACAUCCAAAAAGCUGUCUCCAUGGAGGAUUCGUUAGACCGAGUAAUGAUGGAGGACGGGGAGAUGAAGAGAACCGGUCUGAGUGGAUCUGCAAAGAAGAUCUUCGGCAGCUUUGAGAAAGGAAUCGACAAGAUGAUCGACCUGUUAUCACCGAGAAGAAGAUCCAACGCUGGCAUGGAUGAACCAAGGAAGGUCAAGGCUCUGUACAAUGUAUCAACAACAUCAACCCUCCCUGCCGAUGUGGUAGUGGAGAGAUUAAAAGAAGGCCUUAUGUAUAGCAAUAUCGACUCGUAUAAACAGAAAGGGUAUACCCUGCGAUGCAAGAAGCAAGAUUCCAAGGGAAAGACUGUCCUAUCCUUCGACAUGGAGGUCUGUAGGCUUCCCCAGAUGGACAUGGUUGGGAUCAGGAGAAAACGCCUCAAGGGCGAUACGUGGGAGUACAAGCGCAUGUGUCAAACCAUCCUGGAACACUCAAGACUCUAGCGCCCUCUCCAGGCCGCCCUACAAAGUAAGAAUAUUUGUCAGCUGCCUAGAUGGACAUGGUUGGAAUCAGAAGUAAACUCCUAAAGAGUGACAUCUGGGAGUAUAAAUGCAUACUGUGUCAAACCAUCCUGGAACACUCAAGACUCUAGCGUCCUCUCCAGGCCGCUCUACAAAGUAAGGAUAUUUGUCAGCUGCCUAGAUGGACAUGGUUGGAAUCAGAAGAAAACUCCUCAAGGGUGAGAUCUGGGAGUAUAAAUGCAUACUGUCUCAAACCAUCCUAGAACACUUGAGACUCAAGCGCCCUCUCCAGGCCGCCCUACAAAGUAAGAAGGUCUGUCAACUGCUGAGAUAGACAUGGGUGGAAUCAGGAGAAAACACCUCAAGGGUGAUACGUGGGAGUAUAGGCGCAUGUGACAAAACCAUCCUGGAACACUCUAGACUCUAGCGCCCUCUCCAGGCUGCCCUACAAAGUAAGGUCUGUCAACUGCUGAGAUAGAAAUGGGUGGAAUCAGGAGAAAACACCUCAAGGGUGAUACGUGGGAGUAUAGGCGCAUGUGACAAAACCAUCCUGGAACACUCUAGACUCUAGCGCCCUCUCCAGGCCGCCCUACAAAGUAAGGAUAUUUGUCAACUGCCUAGAUGGAUAUGGUUGGAAUCAGAAGAAAAUUCCUCAAAAGGUGAGAUCUGGGAGUAUAAAUGCAUACUGUCUCAAACCAUCCUAGAACAAUUGAGACUCUAGCGCCCUCUCCAGGCCGCCCCACAAAUUAAGGCUGUCUGUCAGCUGCCCAGAUGGACAUGGUUGGAAUCAGAAGAAACCAUCUGUCGAGACAAUUGCGCCCCCUGUUGGCUGCCCUACAAAUAAAGGAAUCCUCUACUGUACAUUCAUGGCCUAUCAUCAUUGUGUCAUGGAUCAAUGUGCUGGUUGAGCUUUCUGCUUAUACGAAGGUGACCUGAGAGCCAACAUCUUCAAGGGACUUGAUGCUGAGGAUAAACAACUUGGUUUCAACCUCUGGUUAUUGGUUUGCUUCCCCGUCUCCGAUUUAUCACCAAAGCUGACUGAAAACUCGCUAAUUUUGUAUGGUGGUUGAGAGAAUGGCCAUAUGAGUUCAAAAGUUAAACUUGACUUCGUAGAUGAAGAUGCAGCCAUAGUUCAACCAAGUAUGGUAGAUGUCAAAAUUGAUCCGACUUCAACAAUAAUACAUGUAGGUCCUGAAUAUAACUCUUUUUAACAUGCGUCUGCGACAGGCCAAUAAUUAUCAAGUGCCAUUGUAAUCAAAUCUAGUAUUUUAUCAGUGAUAUAUCUCAUUGAGGAAUGUUAUGUAUUUAUGAUGAUGAGUGACAUUGUUCUUUGCAGCAAAUGGUCUUAUGUUUUAUCUAUUUUCGUGGUGAAUUGGUAUGAUAGGAAUUUGCGCUGUUGAUCAGCUCUGGGUUAAAGGAUAUUUUGGGGGUUUCCAAGUUGGAAAAUUGUGGUAGGAAGUGCUGUUGGAAUCUAUUGAUGGUGAAUUCAUGAAAGGGUUUUUUUUUUUCAGGAAAUAUUGGAUGUAGAAAAUAUUGCAACUUGUACAUCCCACCUAUCCUGUGCUUUUGAAAUUCAUUAUGCAAUUUAAAAACAGUCAUUUCUGUCUUUUAACAAUCCUUUUUAAUAGUGAUUAUAUGAGAUUAUGUUAUAUAUUGAUAUAAAUUGUCAUUCUUAAAAAAAAAAUGACAGAUACAGGUGGGUUAAGUAACUCAUUUAGAUUUUAUGCAAUUUUUUUUCAAAUCAAAGGUUGUUCCUGAUAACAUGGCAAAAUUAUGUUAGGUCUGCCCAGCAAAGACAAUCAUUUCCAGAUUUUACUCGAAAGAAAAACAAAACAAAA